AUGUCAGUCUCUGCCAUAGGGUUCGAAGGCUACGAGAAGCGUCUUGAAUUAACCUUCUUUAAACCAAGUAUCUUCCUCGACACGCAAGGGUUAGGUCUCCGUGCCUUAACCAACUCUCAGAUCGACGAGAUCCUCAAACCAGCUGAGUGUACCAUCGUUUCAUCACUCUCCAACGAUCAUCUCGACUCUUACGUCCUCUCCGAGUCAAGCCUCUUUAUCUUCCCUUACAAGAUCAUCAUCAAGACUUGUGGAACUACAAAGCUCCUCCUCUCUAUCAAACCACUCUUGAGGUUAGCUUGCUCUCUCUCUCUUGACGUUGAGUCCGUGAGGUACACUCGUGGAAGCUUCCUUUCCCCUGGAGGACAGCCUUUCCCUCACCGUAACUUCUCUGAAGAAGUUUCUGUCCUCGAUGGUCAUUUCACCAAGCUAGGUUUAAGCAGUGUUGGUUACUUGAUUGGUGAUGAUGAUGAAACCAAGAAAUGGCACGUGUACUCUGCUUCUUCUGACGCCAAGAACGUGAAUAAGAAGAAUGUAUACACGUUGGAGAUGUGUAUGACUGGUUUGGAUAAAGACAAGGCAUCUAUGUUCUACAAGAACGUAUCAAGUUCCAUGACUGAUACCUCUGGCAUCAGAAAGAUACUUCCUCAAUCCCAAAUCUGUGACUUUGAGUUUGAGCCAUGCGGUUACUCUAUGAACAGUGUUGAAGGUGAGGCCAUCUCUACUAUCCAUGUCACACCUGAAGAAGGGUUCAGCUACGCUAGCUUUGAGGCAGUUGGAUAUGAUUUCACAAACAUGGACUUGAGCUUUCUUGUCUCUAAGGUUCUAACGUGUUUUGAACCAAAGCAGUUCUCAGUAGCUAUACACUCUAGCAUCGCACAUAAGAGUAGUCUAUGUGUAGAGUUGGAGGAUUAUGGAUGUAGAGAGACGACUAUGGAGUCUCUAGGUGAAGAGAGAGGGAUAGUGAUGUAUCAGAGGUUUGAGAAGAUGGGAAUGUAUUGUGGUUCUCCGAGGUCUACGUUGAAGUGUGAGUGGAGUAGUAACAGUAGCUGCAUUAGUGAGGACGAGAAGGAAGAGGGAGUGGAGUAG